AUGGAUAUCAUUCUUGAAUUAUGGGAUACCUUCAUUGGUGACCGUCUCUAUUCAACACUCCUACCAACAUCUCUCUCUUCUUCGGUGUCACUUCCCGCCUUCGCCAAUGUCGCCAAUAGUACCUUGUCCCUAUUUGGGUCUCCUGAGCCUUUCGUAUACGAACAGGCUACACAGAUGUUGUACCUGGAACCUUCCAAGUAUGCGUACUUAAGCGCUUGGCCCCGAAACAAUGUAUACCGUCAAUUCACCAGUUUCUUCCUGAUCACUUGGCUCUUCGGUCUUCUGGUUUACUUUGUCGUCGCAUCGCUCUCCUACGUCUUCAUCUGGGAUAAAACAACCUACCAACACCCGAAGUUCCUGCGCAACCAGAUCAGAAUGGAAAUUCGUCAGGCAAUGGAAGCUAUGCCCCCAAUGGCCCUCCUAACGGCCCCGUUCUUCGUCCUGGAAGUCCGCGGAUAUGCCAAACUCUACGAUACAACCGCCGAAGAACCCUUCCCCUUCUACAGUCUUAUCCAAUUCCCCUUUUUCAUCUGCUUCACCGACUUCUUCAUCUACUGGAUUCACCGUGGUCUGCACCACCCCCGCGUCUACAAGACCCUGCACAAGCCUCACCACAAGUGGAUUAUGCCGAGCCCCUAUGCCUCGCACGCCUUCCACCCGCUCGACGGCUGGUCUCAGAGUGUGCCAUACCACGUCUUUCCCUUCCUCUUCCCCCUGCAGAAGGUGGCCUACGUCUUCCUCUUCGGCUUCAUCAACCUCUGGACUGUCUUCAUCCACGAUGGUGAAUACGUUGCCAACAGCCCCGUCGUGAACGGUGCUGCUUGCCAUACUAUGCAUCACUUGUAUUUCAACUACAACUAUGGGCAGUUCACCACUCUCUGGGACCGUCUUGGUGGCAGCUAUCGCAAGCCUAACGAGGAACUCUUCCGCCGCGAGACCAAGAUGGGUGACAAGGAGUGGAAGCGCCAGGCCAAGGAGAUGGAGUCUAUCCUCAAAGACGUUGAGGGUGAAGACGACCGCAGCUACUCCGCCGAUAAUAAAAAAGACCUUUGA